AGCUGAGUCGAGCCAACGAGCUGCAGCCCAGCAGAACGCGGAAACCUGGCGGCCUGUUCUUCCCCUUGCCCUCUCGAAUCUCGAGUUCUGUCCCUGCCCCUGGCAUCCUCGCUACCGCGGCCUUCCUCCCCCUCCCUCCCCCUCCCCUGAUCGCAUCCACCCUGAAACCCUAGCGGCCUAGCCCCCGGUCAUGGCGCGGCGGUCGACCCCUCUCCUACGCCGCCUCCUCGCCCCAUCGCCUUCCCCCUCCGCCUCCACUCCCCUCGCCGGCGCCGUGUCCCGCCGCACCGUCACCUACAUGCCUCGCCCGGGGGACGGCGCCCCGCGCGGCGUCACUCUCAUCCCGGGCGACGGCAUCGGGCCCCUCGUCACGGGCGCCGUGCGGCAGGUGAUGGAGGCGAUGCACGCGCCGGUCUACUUCGAGACAUACGAGGUCCGCGGCGACAUGCCCACGGUCCCCGCCGAGGUCAUCGAGUCCAUCCGCCGCAACAAGGUCUGCCUCAAGGGCGGCCUCGCCACCCCCGUCGGCGGCGGUGUCUCCUCCCUCAACAUGCAGCUCCGGAAGGAGCUCGACCUCUACGCCGCGCUCGUCAACUGCUUCAACCUCCCUGGUCUGCCUACCAGGCACGACAACGUGGACAUCGUCGUCAUUCGGGAGAACACUGAGGGCGAGUACUCAGGGCUCGAGCAUGAGGUAGUUCCUGGCGUAGUCGAGAGUCUCAAGGUGAUAACAAAGUUCUGCUCUGAAAGAAUUGCCAAGUAUGCUUUUGAGUAUGCAUUCCUUAACAAUCGAAAGAAAGUGACAGCAGUGCAUAAAGCCAACAUCAUGAAGCUUGCUGAUGGUUUGUUCUUGGAGUCUUGCCGUGAGGUUGCAAAGAAGUACCCUGGAAUUCAAUAUAAUGAAAUCAUUGUGGACAACUGUUGCAUGCAGCUUGUUGCAAAGCCUGAACAAUUUGAUGUUAUGGUCACCCCAAAUCUUUAUGGCAAUCUGGUGGCUAAUGUAGCUGCAGGUAAUGUGGGGCAGGACCAUGCUAUCUUCGAGCAAGGUGCUUCUGCAGGAAAUGUUGGAAAUGAGAAAAUUGUGGAGAAGAAGAGAGCUAACCCUGUUGCACUGCUGCUAUCUUCUGCCAUGAUGUUGAGGCACUUGCAAUUCCCAUCUUUUGCUGACCGGCUGGAGACGGCAGUUAAGCGUGUCAUUGCAGAAGGCAAGUACAGAACCAAAGAUUUGGGCGGCACCAGCACCACCCAGGAAGUCACAGAUGCGGUCAUUGCCAAAUUGGGUUAGAAACCAACCGUGUCUUUAAUACAACUUUUUUUUUAUCUCUUGGACUAGGUAACUAGUCCUGUCAAAACAUUUGCUCCUCUCGUAGGUUUAGUUCACCAUUUUGUUCGGCAAAUCCUUGUACAAUCUUCAGGUAUCUCGUUUCUGACCAGGUUUGGGUUUGGGGUAACUGAGCAAACUCAGUAUUAAUUUUUACGCAAAUUUUUGCGACCUUAAUUCUUAACUGGAAAUAAGAGAAAUAUGGAACAGUUCUCUUUUGGGCU